UUGAUUAUAACAAUGUUUUGCGCAGUCAUUUUGAAAAGAUCUGUUUCCAGCGAUUGUGAAAUUUUAAAAACAUCUUUUACCUCCAACCCUUCUGGAAAUGGGAAAAAACCCACAACCAUUGAAAGCAAGCUCUUUUUUCUAGCCACUAAUGAAAUGAUAUUUUCGAAAUGUAAAUCUAGCAGAUUUAUUCGUUUUAUUUAGUUUUUAUGUUUCAAAGUGUUAUUUUCUCAAAGAAGCUGAAAGAUCUAUUCGUUUUCUUUAGUUUUUGUGUGAAGUGUUAUUUUUUCAAAAAAUCUGAAAGAUUUAUUCCUUCUAUUUAGUUUUUAUGUUUCUAAUUGUUAUUUUUUUCAAAGAAGCAGAAAAUCUUUCAUAGUUUUAUGUUUCGAACUGUUAUUUUUCUCAAAAGAGCUGAAAAUCUUUCAUAACCAACGUAUUAUCCAUUUUUCAUUCUUAAGUUUUAAUACUUACUUUGUUUUUUCUCAAGCCUUUAGGCUAUCUCCAUCCACAACUUUAUUCAACCCAACCUUUUAAUAAAAAACUAAUUUCCCUCUUUUCCACCCACACAACCCAACCUACCUCAACCUUCUACUCACAAUCACAACCCAAUUUUUAAAACAUUUUUUAUUAAAUACAUAUUUUUAUGCUUAUUAUUUAUCCAUAAAUGUGUUAAAAAUAAUUACAUUUAAUAUUUUCAUUUGAAACCGAUUUAUUUUAAAAGCAAAAUUAAUAACAACAAUAUAAGAAACCUUUUAAUAAAAAAAACACAUACAUUCAUCAAACAUAGUUAAUAAAAAUGACAAACAAGUUACAACGAUCACAUGAAAUGUAAAAUUACAGGUACAUAAAAUACAAACUACAUAAUUAUUCGUCAACUGCAAAUUUGUCCCAUAUAUGCUCAAUCAUAUCGUUUUUAGAGCAUUAUGAGCUUCUCUAUUACGAAGUUGUGCCUUAUUGAAAGAUAUUGAAGCUAGUGUGGGUCAAGGUAGGUUAUUCAAACUAGUGAGGGUCAAGAACAAAUCAAGGCUUUGUAUAUGGACAAAUUCAAGAAAUUUGCUACUACGAUUUGGAAGGGAGAGUACGGUGUUUUCCUUAAAACAGUUGGAGAGACCGAGAAUCUUUUUGGAUCUAUGAGGUACAACAUUAAACACCGUUCAGCUUUUGAUGGUAUCGAAGGCCAUGUUGCAAUCUUAUUGGCGAACUCACAUUAUCUUCCCCACGGUGGAGAAAUCCGGGUAGUGGAACUUUUCUCCGAGAUGUACUAUCUUAUUCCUUUUGCAGGAAUCCCAAAACAAAAUGUUACCAUGGAAAUCAAGGGAAGGUCGAUGCGGCUUUCGGAGAAAGCUCAUGUUAGGAAGCCGGCCGGUACAACGGAGUUAGUGGCAGAACUAAUGCUGCCUGAGCCGAUGGAGGAGGAGUAUAGUCGGUCAGACUAUAGCAUUCGUUGGUAUCACAACGAACUCGUCGUUCGGGUUUUUAAAUAUAAAAAUCGCGUGAUGAAAGUGGUGGCUGAUUUCGAUGGCAAGAAAGAUGUGAUCGAAGAGGAUGUGGUAGACUUCUUUGAUGGAGAGAAUUGAUGAGAUUUUCCUUAAGCUUUUCAUAAUAUACACAUAUGUAUAGUUUAAAAUUAACUAUAUACACAUGUGUAUAUUAUGAAAAACUUAGGAAAAUGUGUGAUCUAGAAUGCUUCUCAAGUUUCUCAAAUAAGGUGGACUUCUCUUAGGAUCCCUACACUAUAUAUAUAUAUAUAUACACACACAUAUAUAUAGGCCGGUUAACGUACAAUACCUCUUAUCCUACAUUAUUUACGCGAUGCCCACAACCGUACGAUCUUUAAUCCUCCAACCGCUGGCGAAACUAUUUUAUAUCAUUAAAUUAAUCAUAUUAAUAUAUUCAAAUCAUACUGAAAAGGUUAAAAUCGUUAUUGCGAGAUCCUAAUCUCUGUAACUGACCAAAGAUAGUUCAAAAUCAAUCCCUAAAUCAAAUUCAACAACGUGAGAUUCUUCUUCCCAACCUCCCUUCGUUCCUCUUGGUGCGAUUUCAUUAUACGAUAAUAAGACCUGCUAAUUUCGGAGUUCUAAUGGACAAAUGGAACAACACUACCAUCGAUCGACCAACAAUCGAAGAAGAUGAUCCAAGUUAUUGAUUAUUGUAAUAUGCGAAUUCUGUGUUUUCAAAACAGGGUUUUUACAACAUGCGAAAUACAUUUGAA